CACCACUGAGCCUGCGAGGAGGCCUUCUCACUUUCACUCGACCUCCCUUGCUCCCGAACACUCAUAUAGAGCUGGAACCACUAACAUGACGAGUAGGCUAAAGCGAAAGCUCAACGACCUCGGGGUCGACCCAUCCAGCUCCAAGGCGAACGAGUCCUUCUGUCUGAUCGGCACACCGCUUCCACCUCUUGAGAAGAGCAAGGACACCGGCGAGUUCGUCCCGCUCUGGAAACAAGAAGUGCGCGAUGAGAAGGGCCGGCGGCGGCUGCACGGCGCCUUCACGGGUGGGUUCUCCGCGGGCUACUUCAACUCGGUCGGCUCGAAGGAGGGCUGGGCGCCGUCGACGUUUGUGUCCUCGCGCUCGGACCGCGUGAAGGCGCGCGCGGCGCGCCCGGAGGACUUCAUGGACGAGGAGGACCUCGCGGAGCUGCAGGAGGGCCGCAAGCUCGUGGACGAGCAUGAGGAGAUGGACUUUGGCGGGACGGAGAGGGAGCUGAAGCGCAGGGCGGGUGCGGAGGAGGCCGAGAAGGAUGACAUUACUACUGCCCUGGAGGCCUCGCUUGCUCCUGCACCGAAGGACUCUGUUGGUGCUCGUAUCCUCAAGAAGAUGGGCUGGCGUCUGGGCCAGGGAGUCGGUCCACGAUUGACCCACGCCCAGCGGCGCACAGAAUUGGGGCCCCGUGCACCGAAGGAAGAAGGCGAGGACGAGGAGGCUCAGAAACAUCUGUAUCCGAGGAGAGACACAGCUGUUUUGAUCGCCCCUCGGAAAGACAACUUUCAUGGACUGGGUUACACACCGGGCAUGAGGCUCGAGGAAGCUGUCGCACAGGAUGAGAAGGCGGGGCCACAGAUCGCGGCCGGUUUCGGUCUGGGAGCGCUGAAUGAUGCGGACGAAGACGACUUAGACGUGUACGACAUCGGUAGGGGGACUGCCCGGGGCGGACGGUCAAGGAUGGCAUAUGAUGCGAUGGACGAGGAUGACACGCGAAUAUCAAUGGGUUCCUCCAGCUCGAAACGCGAUCAAGGCCGCCAAUCACAUAGAGUCGCAUCAACCACUGUGACCCAAACGUUCAACGACGGCCGUCCGGUACUGAAAGGUUUCGUGCUCUCGGAUAAGCCUGUGGCUGAGGACCGCUGGUUCCCCCUUCCGGAUGUACCUCCAGGUUGGACACCUAACCCUCGUCGUGUGUGGGACCAGCAAAAGGACAAGGAAAAUGCGGAACAAGGAACAGAUGGUCAGAUCCCUCGAGGCAACGUUGCACCCAAGACGCACGCGGAAUGGAAGGACAGCUUCAUGUCCGCAGAUCAGCGAGGAUCUGUGCUGGGCGAGACGCCACUACCAUCGCAGCCACGCUCUGUCUUCGACUACAUGUCACAGAAAGACCGUGAGCGAUUGCAGAACAUCAAGAACGCUGCCCUGGAUGCCCCGACCACUCCUUCCCCUGCUCCACCACCACCUCCUCCGCUCCAUGUGCCCGGUCAGAUCGAGGUACCCACACUACAUCCCUCCAUCGCUAAGGCUGCUUUGUCUGGCUUCAAACCCUUCACCGCGGAUCCCGUCAAACAGUCACGAUACACCGCUUUCUUGAAUUAUCAGGCAGAUCGAGAAAGCCUCGAUGGUCCCUCCGGGUUGGGCAUCGGCCCAAUGCCAGGGCAAAGCGCUGAGGAGUUCAACAAGGAACUUGAAGACUAUGCAAAGUCUGCCACAGUGUUCAAGCCACUCUCGGGCGCGAUGGCAGGGCGAUUCCGCAGCGCCGUAGUCCUCGAGACCGGACCAACAAUCGUGGAGGGUCUCCACCAGCCCGUCGCUGCCCCGGAGCCCAGCGCAGAGGAAGAGCAGGAGGAAGAGGACAAUGAUCCGCUGAUUGGCGCGAUACGGAUGGGCAUGUAUGGCCCGCUGACGCGUGAAGUCAAGCCAUGGCAGCCGGCACGACUACUCUGCAAGCGGUUCGGCGUGAAGGACCCGGAGGUAGACAUGACCGGCGAGGCUGGUGCGGCGACCGCAGACUUCGCGAUGCCCACGGCUGCUGCGAAGGAAGCGGAUGCGGAGAUGGCGCAAUCGUAUGCGGGUGCUGCGCCGGAGUCGAAGUUCGUCAGUGCUGGGGCUAUCACGGAUGGCUCAGAGACAGCGGCUGGUGGGCGGAGGAAUGGGCCUCGUGAUCUAGCCAAUGUAGGUCUCGGGGAAGACGAGGACCAGGGCAGGGACACGCUCACAUAUGAGCGUCCGGCGAUGGACAUCUUCAAAGCAAUCUUCGCGAGCGACGACGAGGAUAGUGAUGAGGAAGACGUUGCAGAUGAGGAGGUGAAGCUCGAAUCGAAUGGUCCCGCUUCUGCACCGACGAACGUGACUGCGGUGACAGAACCAGUCCCAUCGCACCUCACUCUUGCAGACUCCGCUACCCCUGCAUAUCAGCCCAAUGUCAACGGUUCUACCGGUGUCGUCGUAGCAGAGAAGGUUGAUUUGGCGACGUUCAAGCCUACCUUCGUUCCUCGCGGCGCGCGAGACUCGAGGAAAGAGAAGUCCAAGAACAAAGAUAAGAAGGACAAAAAGAAACCCAAAGCUGCUCUUCUGACCUUCGAUGUCGACGAGGAUGGCUUGGACGCCAACCUCGGUGAAUCUCCUUCGAGUAGACCUAAAGCAAAGGACAAAGCGAGAGAUGGGGAGCGGAAGAAGAAGAAACGGAAGGAGCGAAAGGAGGAGGACGAUGAUGAUAGCAUGUGGGUGGAAGCACCUCCACCGGAGGCCCUGCAAGGCAUACCGGCGGAAGCCAUACCACCUAUGCCGUCGAGACCACCACAGGACGUCGAGAUGCGCCUGCCCGCAGAAGAAGCGAACAGAGCGUCGAGGAAUCGAAAACGAGCAAUAGACUUCAUGUAGUGUACGUUUUGGACACCUCGCA